AUGAUGAGUACAUCAAGAAUUAUUGGGUAAGUCAAAAAAUUUCUGUUUUGCCGUCGUUGAAAUUUGUUAUCAUCUUGAAACCAAAAAGCGAAAUCAAAUCAAUUCGCCCACUUUUUAUUACUUUUGAUCUAACACGUGGGGUUGGGUAUAUAAAUUGGAUCAUCAAGUAUUUUUGUUUUUUUUUCCUUCUGUUUUGGUCAGAUAAUUUCUCUAACAAUAUCAAAACAUGAUCUUUUAUCAUUCAAUUUUUGUUUGUUUUUUCAUCAUCCCUAUUUUUGGGUCACUCAAAAAAUAUUCUUCCCAUUCAUAAUUUUCAAAUCCUUCAGAUCAAUGGUUGCACCAACUCGAAAGAAGUCGAUGGUCGCAUCGCACCAUCAAAAUGAAAUCACCAACGGAAAUUCGAAUUCGCAUUCUCAUUCUCAUUCUCCACCUAAAACCAAUGCCAAAAUUGUGAAGGCCCAACAAGAGCGAAAACGUUUGAGCAGUGUUAUUGUUGAGGAUGGAAUUGAGUAUAAUAAAAAGGCCAGAAAAGUGCACAAGGAGAUUUUCGAUCAUCCAGAUACGAUACAAAGUGCUGGAAGUAAUAGUGAUAGUGAGUUUUGGAAUUUGGAAUUUCUUGUGCCCAAACGGAUUUUCGACCUGAAAUUUCGGAUUUUUUGAGCUCAAACAUGCCUAGGGGUACUGUAGGUUUCGAAAAAAUUGCCGACCCUUCUGAAGAAAUUAUUUGUUAGUGAAAUUCCCUUGUGAGAUUUCAAAAAAAAAAUGAAACCUUUCAGCCGAGGCCCCACUCUUCGACCCGGAUUGCGAUCCAGAUCACCCGAAAAAAGUGACCUACCCGGAAAUCUCCAGUGCCGCAUUUGUCAUCAAAAAUGGUGUGCAACGAACUCCUUGCCCUCGAUCUCUCCAACUUUCUCAAAAAUUCGAAAUGGAUCUCUACUUCAAAAAAGAGUAUCUUCAAGUUACCGGAAGUUUCAAAGAGCGUGGAGCGAGAUAUGCUCUUUCAAGAUUGAACGCAGAUCAAAAAUCACAUGGUGUAAUCGCAGCUUCGGCAGGAAAUCACGCAUUGGCUUUAAGUUAUCACGGACAACAAAUGGGAAUUCCAGUAACAGUUGUGAUGCCAGUUAUCGCUCCUCUUAUGAAAAUUCAAUUCUGUAGAAGUCUUGGAGCUAAUGUGAUAUUAAAAGGAGAGACAAUCUUGAUUGCAAAAGAAUAUGCAUUGAAACAUGCUGCUGAAAAUCAUCUGAAAUAUAUAAAUGGUUAUGAUGCUGUUGAUAUUCUAGCUGGACAAGGAACAAUUGGAAGUGAGAUUCUUGAACAAGUUCCAGAUGUUGAUGCAAUUCUUGUUCCUGUUGGUGGUGGAGGUUUGAUUGCUGGAAUUGCUGUUGCUGUCAAAACUGUUAAACCAGAUGUGAAGAUUUAUGGAAUUGAAGCUGAAACUUGUCCAUCAUUCAGUGAAGCUUUGAAAGCUGGAAAACCAAUUGGAGUCACAAAUCGAAGUUCAGUUGCUGAUGGUUUAGCAGUUCCGACAGUUGGAGGAAAUUCAUUAGUGACUGCCGAAAGUUUGGUGGAUAAAAUGAUUUUAGUAAAUGAGGAAAGUAUUGCUUUGAGUAUUUUAAGAUUGAUGGAAGUUGAGAAGGCUGUUGUUGAAGGUGGCGGAGCUGUUGGUUUAGCAGCUAUUUUGUCGGAUAAGGUGCCAGAGUUAAAGGGGAAAAAGUGAGUUAGAACAUUUUUUGUGGGUUUUUAGAAUCCUCCGAAUUUUUUUCUGGGAUUCUAUGUUUCUAAAUUUGAUUCACUCAAAAUUAGUUUUUUUAAACAUUCAUAGAAAUUUUGAAACAGUAAAUUUUUAAGCAAAUUUUCGACAAUAAUUGUAUACAUAAAUUAGUCAGAAAAUUAAUAAUAUUAUUUAGAAACAGUGAAAAAAAUACCAAAAAAAAUGACUUUCAAAUUGCAGAGUUGUCUCGAUUCUCUCCGGUGGAAACAUCGAUACAACAGUUCUUGGGAGAAGUAUCGAAAGAGGUCUCGCCGUCGAUGGCCGCCUUGUUCGUCUUGAAGUUGUCGUUUCCGAUAGACCCGGUGGAAUCGCUGAACUUACCACUACUCUCGCACAUCUCGGUGCCUCUAUCAAAGAUAUUUUUCACGAACGAGCUUGGAUUUCAGCCGAUGUUUUUAGUGUAAAAGUCAAAGUUGUUAUCGAAACUCGUGGACGUGAUCAUGUUCAAGAGAUUGAGGAAGCUUUGAAGAAGAUUUAUUCGAAUGUGGCGUUGAUGUGA